CAGCACAUCUUGUAAAGAAAAUUACACUUCAACAUGACAUCCAUUUAGAAUUAAAAAAAUCCCAAACCAAAAAAGAAACAAUAAUGUUCUAGUCUAAUAAUUAUUUGUCUAAUGAGUUUGUGUUCACAGUUGACGUAUACGUGGACAACGCGUGUAACAUAUUCUAUUCAAUUUUUAAUAAGAUAUUUCUAGACUAAAAAAUUGACAAUUCAUUGCGUUAUUGAAAAAUCUUAGAGUAUAUAACAAGCAUUGGAAUUGGAUUUAGAAUCAUAGCAAUCAAAGCGAAAUAAUAUUUGAAGUGAAAGGUGUGAUUUUCGAGGAAGAAAGAGAAAAAUGGCAGAAGUGAUCAGUAUUCACAGCGUGGAGGAUUGGAAGAAAUAUAUCGAGAAGGAGAAUACCUCCGAUAAACUGAUUGUUGUAGAUUUCACUGCUUCUUGGUGUGGUCCAUGCCGUUUCAUGGCGCCAACUUUUGCAGAGCUUGCAAAAGAGAAGCCACAUAUCAUCUUCCUCAAGGUUGACGUUGAUGAAUUGAAGACUCUUGCUGAAGAGUGGGGAAUUAGAGCUAUGCCAACAUUCUUGUUCUUCAAAGAAGGAAAGGAAGUGGACAGACUUGUGGGUGCUAACAAGGUUGAGCUGCAAAAGAUAACAACCAAGCAUGGAGAGUCUUCGAGUGUUUCUGCUUGAGGAGUCAUAUCAUACGAAGAAAUGUCUGUUUGUCUGUAGCUAUAUGUUCUUGAAUAUUCAGAAUAUGAUAUGCAUGAAGAGUGUUUCUGCAUUUGAAAAAUAAAAGUAUGUUUGUCUGUUUUCAAUAUGGUUUGGAAUUUAGAAAUGUAGAAUAUAUUUGAUAUUUGAAUAAUAUAGUUGUGUUGUGUG